AUAUCACUUGGCUUGGCUUGUAUCUCAGUGCAUUUAUUGAUUUUCUUUGGAGCAGUGUGGAAGAUUUUGUCCUUGUGUUCCUGGAUGAAGAACAAACUUUUUGCUUAAUCAAGGCCCAGAGUUCAAAUGUGGAUGCUUCUGGGAAGAAGUUGAAAGGACCACGAGAUCAGUUUGAUAACCUGGACAAGCAUACACAGUGGGGCAUUGACUUCUUGGAGAAAUAUGCAAAAUUUGUAAAAGAAAGGAUAGAAAUUGAGCAAAACUAUGCAAAACAAUUGAGAAAUCUGGUUAAGAAGUACUGUCCUAAACGUUCACCCAAAGAUGAGGAACCCAGGUUUACUUCAUGUAUUGCCUUUUUUAACAUCCUUAAUGAGUUGAAUGACUAUGCAGGACAGCGAGAAGUAGUUGCUGAAGAAAUGGGACACAGAGUGUAUGGAGAAUUGAUGAGAUACUCUCAUGAUCUAAAAACUGAGAGAAAAAUGCAUCUUCAGGAAGGGCGAAAGGCUCAACAGUAUCUGGACAUGUGCUGGAAACAGAUGGACAAUAGCAAAAAGAAAUUUGAGAGAGAAUGCAGAGAGGCAGAGAAGGCACAGCAAAGCUAUGAAAGACUGGACAAUGACACUAAUGCAACAAAGGCUGAUGUUGAGAAGGCUAAGCAACAGUUAAACCUGCGCACACAUAUGGCUGAUGAAAACAAAAAUGAGUAUGCUGCACAACUACAGAAUUUUAAUGGCGAACAGCACAAACACUACUACAUUGUCAUUCCUCAGAUUUAUAAGCAACUUCAAGAAAUGGAUGAAAGAAGGACUAUCAAACUUAGUGAAUGUUACAAAGGCUUUGCUGACUCUGAGCGCAAGGUUAUUCCGAUUAUCUCUAAAUGUUUAGAAGGGAUGAUCCUUGCAGCAAAAUCAGUUGAUGAACACAGAGACUCUCAACUAGUGAUAGACUGCUUCAAAUCUGGUUUUGAACCCCCUGGAGACUUUCCAUUUGAAGAUUACAGUCAGAAUAUUUACAGAACUAUCUCUGAUGGAACCAUCAGUACACCAAAGCAGGAAGGAAUGCGAAUGGAUUCCAAAACUACAGUGGGCAAAGCUAAAGGAAAGCUGUGGCUAUUUGGAAAGAAGCCAAAGGGCCCUGCACUAGAAGACUUCAGCCAUCUCCCUCCAGAACAAAGACGCAAGAAACUGCAACAGAGAAUUGAUGAACUUAACAGAGAACUACAGAAGGAAACAGACCAAAAAGAUGCCCUCAUCAAGAUGAAGGAUGUUUAUGAAAAAAAUCCCCAGAUGGGUGAUCCAGGCAGUUUGCAACCAAAAUUAACAGAGACUAUGAGCAACAUGGACCGUCUUCGGAUGGAAAUACACAAGAAUGAGGCCUGGCUCUCUGAAGUUGAAGGUAAAGUAGCAGCCAGAAGCGACAGGCGGCACAGCAGUGAUAUCAACCACCUUGUAACACAGGGCAGAGAGAGCCCUGAAGGGAGUUACACGGAUGAUGCAAAUCAGGAGGUUCGAGGCCCACCACAGCAACAUGCGCAUCCAAAUGAGUUUGAUGAUGAGUUUGAAGAUGAUGAUCCAUUACCAGCUAUAGGACAUUGCAAGGCAAUAUAUCCGUUUGAUGGUCACAAUGAAGGCACUCUAGCAAUGAAAGAAGGGGAGAUUUUGUACAUUAUUGAGGAAGACAAAGGAGAUGGGUGGACAAGAGCUCGAAGACACAAUGGAGAGGAAGGCUAUGUGCCAACAUCAUAUAUAGAUGUAACGCUAGAGAAAAACAGCAAAGGUUCCUGAAGCGGGUUUCUGAGAAAAUGGGCGAGAUCUUGAAGGAGGUUACAUGCAGCUGCUGGGGGGG